UUUUUUUUUUCCUGCUUUAACAUAAACCAGACGACUACACCAUUGCUGAUGCGAUGAAGAAAAAAAUCCGUGUCUUGUGUUGGGUUAUGACAAGUCCACAAUCUCUGAGCACCAAAGCCAUACAUGUGAAACACACGUGGGGAAAACGAUGCAAUAAAAUACUUUACAUGAGUUCAGUGUCCGAUCCCAAAUUCCCAACCAUUGGUCUAAAUAUUUCCGAAGGGAGGCAACACUUAACGGGGAAGACUAUGCAAGCGUUUCGCUAUGUUUACCAAAACCACUUCAACGAUGCUGAUUGGUUUAUGAAAGCGGAUGACGACACCUACGUCAUUGUGGAAAAUCUUCGGUACUUUCUCUCUACUAAGAACCCCAACGAUCCCAUUUACUUUGGACAUCAUUUUAAAACCAUAGUUAAAGGAGGUUAUCACAGCGGCGGUGCCGGGUACGUACUCAGUAAAGAGGCUUUGCGUCGAUUUGCUUUGCUAGGAAAUUCACAGCUUUGUCGUCAAGAUGGAGGAGCUGAGGAUGCAGAAAUAGGCAGCUGUUUAAUGAAGUUAAAUGUCACAGCUGGAAAAACUGUUGAUAACCUUGGAAGAUCACGUUUCCAUUGUUUUAAUUUGAAUACACAUCUUCACGGAGGUUUUCCGGAUUGGUUUUACAAAUACGAUUCAAACGGAGCUAGAUCUGGAAUACACAAUAUCAGUGAUUAUCCUAUCACAUUCCAUUACGUCUCACCAAAGGAGAUGCAUGCGUUAGAGUAUUACGUAUAUCACUUACGACCAUUUGGCAUAGUAUCAGGGGCCCAAGAUUUGAAUGUCUGAAAAUAUAAAAUAUAGAUAUAUAUAUAUAUAUAAAUUAUAAAUAAAUAAAUAAA